CUGUUCCAACCGUAUUACGCAUCGGCUGCGGAUCACGAACGCUUACGCGCUGUUGAUGCGACUCUGCGCGUUCUCACAGUUUAUUUCGAGCACGCUAGAGAUUUCGCUUUGGGACGUGCCAAUGAGUUUGGGCCGAUGUCGUCGCUGCUGGCUCGGCUUGUGCCACGAGUGGCCGAUUCUCUGUGCGCUGUCCGUCAUGCUGCACUGCGUGCUGUUUACUGGACAUUCCGUUUGGCACAUGUCCAUAAAGGCCUUUCUCGAGACAGCAUAGAUUCUACGUUGUUUGAUCCUGCUGUUUUUAUCAAAGAUUAUCUUGGUGAUGAAGGCAAACUGGAAGGAAUGAUUUCUCGGAAAGCUGUCAAAGUUAUGGCUGACUUCACGGAUAGCCGACUGCCACAGUCGCAAAUCCAGACAUAUCUCUCCGGACUUUUUGGGAUGUUGAAUGAUCGGCAAAGUCAAGUCAGUUCAGCUGCCGCUCAGUUAUUAACCAGCAUUCUGACACAUCGAGGUGGUACACUUUGUGCUGAGGCGGACACAUUGGUUACGACACUUUUGAACAAAUUGCCGGAUGUGCAUGCAUGCGUUCAAACGUACACCGAUUUGUUGGCUGCCCUAAUUGCUUUUGCGCAUCAUCAGCUCUAUGCCUGUAUCGAUGUGAUGCUUGCCCGGCCUCUACCUUAUUCUGUCUCGAUGAUUGAUGCAUGGCAUACGAUGUCCCAUGAUCACACCCUUUUCCCGCUGAUUGCCGAUUAUUUGCUGGAACUGAUCACAGCCGGAUGCGGCUCGUCUGAAAGCAAUGAAGUUCCAUUCGAAAUUUUGGAUACUGGCGCCGGAUCAUCGGUCAAAAUCGUGAAACCGGAAGUUUGCGCACUGGCAGCAGCAGUCACUGAAAUUAUCAGAGCUGGCGAACCAGAGCCCGAACUUUUUAAGCGAAUACCCAACAUUCUGGCUGCACUUCUACAGUUUUUGGCUGCCGUUAUCGAUACCCAAUAUCCAGUACUGGUAAAAGAAAAAAACGGUGCAAAAGUUCUGAUUAUUACACCGGAACUGCGCCGAAUUUCAUCAACACCAGCAGCUUUAGCUUCGCAAGCUUUGCGAAGUUUGUUUCUUCGAACUCUCGAUGAUGCCAUUGUUGAAAAAAUGAACUCAGAGCGUGCCUGGAGUGAUUGUAUCGAUACAUUGCACUUUACAAAUGGAAUCGCAGUUUUGACACGGUCAUUGAGCGAGCAUCGUCCGGAAUGGAUACGCCCUCUUGUAAGAUUAAUGAUACCACGAAUGCAAUCCUCUAGCGAUGCAUAUCGUGUAGCCGCUGCGGCAGUUCUAUGCCCGGAUGAAGAAGGCGAAGCGGAUAACAAGCUUCUGGAUGCACUGAUCGCAACGCUUAUGAAAGCAUUGGAAGAUCGGAAUUUAAAAAUUCGGAAACUCGCUGUUCGUGGACUGGGUGAUUUGGCAUGCUGCAGUGACUCGAUCUUGAACAAAUAUUCUUCGGACGCAAUACAGGCUGCAAUGGCUGGCCUGGAUGAUGUUGGCGAUCGUCGGGAUGAGAUUGCAAUGGAAGCGGUGAAUGCACUGAACAAACUUUCGACGCGUGUGUCGAAUACACAUUUAGAGAAUAUUUUGUCGAAUGAAAGCAGUGCACUGCGUGCGGUAUCAUUCAGUUUAUUCGGUGAAUUAGGUCAGCGUGUUGGUGGUUGUGAUGCGUACAGGGAGCAGCUGCUUAUCAAUAUUGUUUCAAUUGUGUUACAUUUAAAUGACGAAGAAGAACAGGUUAAACAGGCAAGUUUCUCAGUUACACUCUAA